AUGGCCCAGCUACAAGAAGAUCUCCAGGGCACCGACUCCCACCUGGUAGCCGGGCGCCUGGAGCUGGUCUCUGGCUGGCUUCAUUCUGACGUGUCUGUUCGAGCGACGCUAAGCCAAGCCGCGGCAACUUCCGAGAGGAAGAAGCAGGCUGCCGCCCAAGCAGCUGCUUCUCGCAAGGCGGCGCUGAAGGACGUCGAGGCCGCUCAGCAUCGCUACCGGGCACUGGAGGACGAGCUGAAGACCCUGCACAACGAGCAUGCAGAAGAAGCCCGCAGCCGCAAGGCAGAGGAGGAGGAGAUGAAGUCCCGGGAAGACGCCGUCAAGGGUCGCGACGCCGAGCUGGAGCAGGCAGCGAGGGCACAAGCCGCUGAGCACGGCUGGCUGGAGGAGCUGGAGCGGAAGGUGAAAGCAGAGAAGGCCGAACUUGACGCCAAGGCAAAGGUCCUGGCCGACGACCGUGCGGCCUUCGCGCUCCUCGAGGAGAGGUCUCGUGUGGCGCUGAAGGUCGUGAGCGGCAUCGGCCCCAUGAAAGAGGAGGAAGCUCGCGUGCUCUCCUCGGCUGCGCUGACGCGCGUCUUCAGCCACCUCCAUCUUUGCGAUCCUACCGCCCGCCUUGACGAGCUGCUGGAGCCUGUGGACGACAUGGACUGCGCAGCCGCUGCUGCAGCCAUGAAGGGUCAGGUGGAAGCCCUGCUGAAGAAGUUCCGUGCCUUCGCUCCUGCAGCCCUGGCCGGUGGUACAGGUGAAGGCGACGCUACCAAGGAAGGAGCGCCUCUUGCGGGUGCCGACGGUGUUCAGGGAUGA